CUCCCCGACCCCAGAGCUCCAUUAGGGACCGACUGUUGUCAUGGACCAAAACUGGCGUCCGGCCGUACAGGUCGUCAUCAACGGCCAUCCUCAGGCGCAGGCCCAUGCUCCAAAUGGACCACCCCAGCGCCGGGCAAGACCUCUGUCUGUGGAUGAGGCAUUGCAAUACUCUCCCAUGUCUAGCUCUCCUGUAUUUGGUCUAGAUUGCAUAUUACGCCCUGACAUUGGCCGACCUUCGAAUACUACUUCCAUAAACCACAUCCUACAGGCUGGUCGUACUGCGAUACAUGAUCUAAACAGUGAAAUUCAAUCAGGGCGUGAUGAGUCUAACCGCCUAGAGACAUCUCGCGAAUAUUUGCAACAAUUGCUGGAUGGUGAACAGUUGACAGAAUUCAAGUUUAAGUUGCCCAACGGUAUCAGUAACGUCGAACAUUCGCAUCCAACCGCCUCUGAUGGCCUAGUUACGAGUCGCAAUGAUCUUGGCCCAUUUGCAACAAUGAUGUUGGACUCCACGGAUAUAGCUUUCCGAUACCCGCCGCCUUCAAGCUUGAAGAUGGACAAUGGAGGCAAUGGAGGACCCCCGCAGAAAAUCGCAUCUUGGAACGAACGAGCACACCACGCAAACAAGCCAAUAACCGCAUCUUAUAACCGACAGCCUCACACUACAAGCCACCUAUCUGUGGUAAUUCCAGUCAAGCCGAUACCGCCCGAUGACCAGAGCUCCUUGAAGAGAAGAAAGCUUAAUAAUGAUGGGGAGGAUAAUAUUACAUCAAUUCGACUUAAAGACCAGAAGGAAGAGGCAGAUGCUGCUUUGGUGAAACUCCAAGAUCUGCUCCAUGAAGUCUUUGAAGCUGAGGAUCAACUUGAGCCUGGUACCUCUGCUGAACGCUCAAAUGCGAUUUUUUCAGUUGCAAAUGCGCUGGAAGUAAACGGUUUCAUGAUUUCUUCAGAUACCCACAGUAAUCUCCAGAAGGCAAUAAAGAAAGUGGUAGGCUUCAAGCGACUGCAGGACAUUCCCUCGGACUACCUAAACCGGCUUCAAAAGCUUUGUGAGAAGCCAAUUGUUGCUGCCCAGGCGCCUGACCUGAAACUGGACGACCCAUCGAACGAGUCUGAAACACAAGAUUGGCUAAGAAAAUGUGAGGACAUGGUGAACGCACUACUUGCAAUCGGCACGCUAUUGCAAACAAUGUCUGGCCGUCAGACGGAGCGGGAUCUCUGCCCGGAAGAUCUGAUCGAGGCCAUUCCUAACGUUCUCAACCAAACAUUUGACUAUUGCAUUAUCCCCGCCGUUGAGGCACGCCCCGGCGGCAAAGAAGGAAAACAUUUCGAAUUUUUUACUAGCCAGAAGCGUGUUAUCAGCGGCCUAAUCAACCAAAGCAAAAAAGCCCUUGCACUUUUUGCUGAUUUUCUGUCGCGCAUCGAUGUCUCUGAAGGAGCAAUUACCGCGACUGAAUUUUUCGCAACCAAAUUAAUCUUCGUUGAGAAUGCUCACACAGACAAAGAAUCUGCAGUGGGAUAUCAAAAAUAUGAAUCUGUUCGGCGGGGAGCCAUGGAUGUGCUUGCUAAGAUAUUCUCCAAAUAUCCCGCUCAGCGGCCCUUCAUCCUCGAUGAGAUUUUGGUUUCGUUAGAGAAACUCCCAUCUACUCGGCAGAGCGCUAGACAAUUCAAACUAGCCGAUGGAAAGAAUAUCCAGCUUCUAACAGCAUUGGUGAUGCAACUUGUGCAAACAACUGCUUUGGAUACCCCUGCUUCCCGAUCAGCUAGAGCAAAGCGUGGCCUACAGCCAGCUGGCGAUGAUGAAGAGCUUCAGGGGGAUGUGAAAGCUGAAAACCAAAGUGAAACUGACGAAGAAGAGCCAGAGGUGUCUCUGGAGCGUCUUGCAGCUAAGGUUAAUCGUUUGUACGAUAAUGCCGUGCGCAGUGCUCAGUAUAUCGUCAAAUUCAUUGUUCAGCGUGCAAUGACAUCUACCAAAACCGGCGACCAACCCUACCGGAAUAUUCUUGACUUAUUUACCGAAGAUUUGAUCAGUGUGCUAGGGUUUACUGACUGGCCUGCAGCGGAGCUGCUUCUUCGUAUAAUGGCUUCUCAUAUGGUUGGGAUAGCUGACCUCGAUAAGAGCCCCGCCACUGCAAAGAGCAUGGCGCUUGAACUUUUAGGUUGGAUGGGGUCUGCUAUAUCUGAUCUCGCUGUUACUGCACAGCAUUUGCUUCCCGCGAUGGAAGAAUCUGAUAGUGACCUUACUGAUUAUCUGAGGCAGCUAUUUGACGAUUAUUCGUCUCGUGCACUGCAUCCUCAAGACCUCAUUGUCCCGGAAGGCCCAUACCGAAUGACUCUCGAAUACUUUCUGCAAGACCGCAACUCAGAUAACUGGCAACUUACUAGUGCUCGGGGUUAUUACCUCGCACAGUGGGCAAAAACUGUCUGCUCUAUCUACUAUAAUUCGGAGGACAAAGAUGAGAUUGCUCAAGAUGAUAUGACCGAAAACCUGGUUGAUCUUUUGUCGAAAUUGUUUUCUGACCCAUUGUGGUUGGAGACUCACAAACAUUUUGAUGAAGUGUCUACUGCUCAUGGACGUUUCGCCUAUAUUUUGACUGUCCUGAAUUCAAGCUUUUGUAAAGCCUUCGACACCAUUCUUAAGGUUCUUCUCAAUUCAAUCGCCAGUGAUCAAGCCAAGGUCCGCAGUCGCAGCUUGAAGAGUGUGAUUUAUAUGCUUGAGAAAGACCCAAGUCUCCUUGACAGAGACGCUUCAGUCAUGCGUGUAAUUCUUCGGUGUGCUGCUGACGCAUCGCCCAUGGUUCGGGAUUCUGCCCUCUCUUUGAUUGCCAAGUGUAUUGUUUUGAAACCUAAGCUCGAAGAAGAUGGAUGCCGGAGUAUUCUUACUUGUGCGGCGGACCCGACAGCUGGUGUGAGAAAGCGCUGCAUUGGGUUGCUCAAAGAUAUCUAUCUUAAGACAUUGCGCAAUGAAUUAAAGCUGGCAAUAUUAGAUAGCUUUCUUCAACGGACUGGAGAUCUUGAAGAUACUGUGGCAACAUUGGCGCGCCAAACUUUUGAGGAGAUAUGGCUUGCUCCGUUCCAUGAGUCCAUCGAUUCAGCCCAGGAUGGGCCAAGAUUGAAGGUUGGCAUUGGAGAACAGGUGACUUUAAUCGUCAAUUUAGUACAACGCAGCGAAACAGCCCUCGAAACCCUCGGCUCUUGUGUCAAGAAAAUUUUGUCAGACAACUCCAAGUCUUUGACUUUGAAUUUCAAGGUAUGCAAAGCGAUGGUCGCGACAAUGUUCGAGAAACUGGUGGAGGACACCGAGUCUUCAGGAAAGGAGUACCAGCAAGCCCUCCUUCAGACAAUUACAGUAUUCGCCAAAGCAAACCCGAAACUGUUCAGUCCCGACCAACUGGAAGCCCUUCAUCCUUAUAUUGGACAUCUUGCCACUGCGGAGGAUCUCUUUAUUUUCCGGUCUGUGGUAGUGAUAUAUCGUUGUGUUUUGCCGUUCUUGUCUACUGCUCACAAUACUCUUCUGAAAGAAGUUCAAAAUGAUCUUUUCAAGAGUGUUGCGAAGCUAGCCCGUUCAGAAUUGAACGAGGUGAUGGCUUGUCUUUGGACCAUAAACGGAGUCUUGCAAAAUACUGACAGACUGGUAAAGCUUACAAUCUCGGUGGUAAAACCCAUUCAGAGUUGCAAAAAUGUCAAUCUCGCAGAUCCUGCCAAUGCCUCUGUACUCGCUCGGGCCAAAAGUUACAUUCGAAUCGCAGGCUGCGUUGGACGGCAUUGCGACCUGGAAAAGUAUGCACUGCACUUUAAAACUGCAUUCCCAUCUUGGACUGGCGGGUCUGUGGCAGGUUUAAUGGUUGACGCUAUCAUACCUUUUACCCUUCCAAAACAACCUGUGGAGUUGAGGAUCAUGGCGCUUGAAAGUGUAGGAUCUAUCUGUCAGUCAUGGCCUGCUCAAUUUAGCAGGGAGGAACCAAGGAAGAUACUGUCCAUGGUCUUCGAGGAAGACAACGCAAGUCUGCAAAAUAUUGUUUUGAGGUCCUUUGCAGACUUUUUCGCGAUGCACGAAGGCAAGGCCGAAAAGUCCGUGAUGCCGUCCGCUGAGGUAGCGGAGCAAGAGGGCUCUACCAGGUUAGGUGGAUCAUUGAAAGCAAAUGACAACGAUGGAGCGGCCGCGUUGAUUGCGCAGCAUUUUCUCCAAAGCAUGCUCCGAGUUGCACAGUCACGACAAGAUUCGUAUGCCCUAACCGCCAUUGAACUCAUUGCCAGUAUCAACCGCCAAGGUUUGGUGCACCCUAAAGAAUGUGCGGGCGUUUUGGUCUCACUGGAGACUUCCACUGUCCCUGCCAUCGCCAAAGUUGCGUUCGACACCCAUAAAAUGCUCCACCAGCAAUACGAAUCAAUGUUUGAGAGAGAAUAUAUGCGAGCUGUUCAAGAAGCCUUUUACUACCAGCGGGACGUUGUUGGUGAUCCCACAGGCGCGCUCAGCCGGCCCUACAUCGCCAAACUUGCCCCGUUGUUUGAAACUAUCAAAACCAGCAACAGUCGAUACCAAAAGAAAUUCCUUUCAAACCUUUGCUCAAAGAUAAACUUCGAACUGAAAAACCUCGACAGCAAAGGGAACCCACCAGAGCACCUUCUGCUGGCUCAGUUCGUAGCUCAAAACCUGGCCUUUUUCGAAUAUGGUCAAUUGGCUGAACUUGUACCGACCAUCGGAUGCAUGGAGCGUAUUGUUGCUGCGACUGGAACAGUCGUGGCUCAUACGAUCGAAACGGAGAUCUUCCCUCCUAGAAUAGAUUUUCCCCCGGCGCCGGGGGGUUUCCAGCCUGCUGUUCCCGGGCCAGACGGUUCAGUUGGGCUACCGCUCCAACUACAAGUGAAUCCGGAAACUUUACGGCUGCUAGCCACUGCAGCUGCGGCACUCUCGAUGCUCUGGGAGGCCCGAACCUACCUUCGCCGUCUCUAUGGCGUGAGUGCCCACGUCCGGAACAAAGAAGGGAAAGCUGUUUCCAAAGAACUCAACAAAUCAGCUACAAAGGUUCAUGGAAUCACUGGCGACAAAGUUUGGGACGCCAUUUCCAGGAAUAUGGCAUCAUUAGACAACGAAGAAAACAUGUUCGCGAAAUGUCGAGAAUUUGCCACCCUGCUCGCGAUUGACGACGAAUUCAAGGUCGGCGAGGAUCAAGAUGCAGAAGGUGACAGCUUGGAUGGCAAUGCUGAUCUGGACGAUCCAGCAGCUACCUUGGGCGCAGCGGGUGGGCCGAGACCCGUGAAACGAAAGAAUUCCGUCUCAGGAACGAACCCCGUUAAGCGUCCUAGGGGACGAAAAAGUGGUUCUGGGAAGAAGAGAGCCAGCAUGGAGCCGGAGGAGAGCCUGGAUUGGAAUUGAAUGGGGUGUAUUUUGGCUCUUUACUGAUCAUCACAUAGACGUCGCAUAUGGGACGGGUCUGGCGUUAGGGGAUAUCCAAUUUGCUUUCAUAUUUAAUGAGAAACGUCUGGGGAAAGACUAGGGCUGAGGGUUUGCUUUUUGAUAAUUUUCCUGUUAUUAUCUACCGGGGGUAUUUUCGCUGGUGGUGUGCAUCAGUUACCGGUGACAUUACUACUUGAUCUUGCUGGGCAGCAGACUGCCUGUCUUUUUUUAUGACUAGAUAUUGUCAUUUAUCAUUCAAAUAAGUAUAUAAUUCAUUUAAUCGCCUUUUCUUUCCUGC